AUGCAUGGACGACAAGCAACACUUCCAUUUGACCAACAACAAGCACUUAUUUCGCUCACACAAGACGUGGAACAAGGGAAGAAACUCCAAAAUUAUCUUGAAAAAUUAACGAAUGAAGCAAGGAAGGAUAUUCAACGAGCGCAACAACGAUACAAAACACGAUAUGAUCAACAUUGGCAAGAAUUAUCAUUGAAAAUCAACGAUUUAGUUCUGAUCAAAACAAGAAAUAUGCGGAGAAAAUUCGAUAUUCGAUAUGAAGGUCCAUUCAGAAUUACGGAACAGUUAGGAAGAAAAACAUUCAUGGUACAACACGUGAAGAAGACAAUCUUAAUGAAACAAGUUACAAUGGAUAUCAUCGUUCCAUUAGUCGAACGAUGGAACUUAAAUAACUAA